UAUCUUCAGUCCGUCGCGUCGCUCGCAUCGCUUUAAGAGCCGGAUCAGAUCAGGGCACCCGUGCGGCAGUAUUUCGAAAAGGAAACAACGCGCCAAAAAUAAGAACAGAACUUUGUUUUAUAACACUCGAUAAACGCACUCGAAUCCCCCCAAAGACACCGACUGCAGCGGCUGCAACGCCACAAAAUAGAGGAAACAUAGAGCCCCGCAAUGGCCACACAGCAAACGAAAUCACAGGACGAACUGGCAUCGGCCCGCGCCUUGGUGUCCAAGCAGCCAGCCAUUGUCAUCAAGAAGGUGGAUAACGAUGAGCAGGAGGAGGAGGAGGAAAUCGAAGAGGCAGCAGUGGUGGUGCCCCCGGACAGCGGCUGGGCCUGGGUGGUGAUGGUGGCCUCCUUCCUCUGCUGCACGGUGAUCGAUGGCAUCGUCUUCUGCUCCUCGAUGAUACAGGUGCAGCUCAUGGCUGAGUUCGACGUGAGCAAGGCGUACGUGUCGUUCGUCUCGUCGCUGCUCAGUGGAUGUUACCUGAUGGCCGGUCCCUUUGUGAGCGCCCUGGCGAAUCGCUUCGGCUUCCGGAUCGUCACCAUUACGGGGGCCAUCUUCGCGGGCAUCUGCUUCGGGCUGUCGUACUUCGCCACCAGCGUGGAGUAUCUGUUCAUCAUCUACGGCGUGCUGGGCGGAAUCGGCUUCUGCAUGGUCUACAUCCCGGCGGUGGUCAUCAUCGGCUUCUACUUUGAGAAGUGGCGCGCCCUGGCCACGGGCGUCGCCAUGUGCGGCUCCGGCGUGGGCACCUUCGUCUUCGCACCACUGACCAAAAUCAUGCUGGAGUCGGGCUGGCGCCACACUCUGGCCAUUCAGGGCAUCAUUGUGAUGUCCUGCGCUCUGUUCGGAUUGGCCUUCCGACCCAUCCAGCCGAUCACCCUGUCAGCGACCAAUGAGGAGGCCGGCGACGAGCAGGAGAAGAGCAAGCUCAAUGGCCACGGCAACACGGUGGCCCCCACGCCGCAGCUCCAUCAGGCGGCGUUCACCAAGCCGCUGCCCGAGGGCCGCUUCGCCUACUCCAUGCCAAACUCCGCCCACAACACGUACAUGGGCGCUUCGCAGCGCAACCACUACCCCACCGCCCAGGAGAUCUUCAAGGGCAUGAACCUGGAGCGUCGUCCCUCGGGCACGGCGGCGGGCAGCAAGGGAACGGAGCUGAAGCAGCUGCGCAAGUCGCAGCCGACGACUCCCAACGGGGAUCCCCAGCAGCUGACCUUCAACCUGCACAAGGAGCUGACGACGGUGGGCGAGAACGAGGAGGAGGCGGAGAACGAUAACCUGUUGGAGACGGAUGCCAAGCCAGUCACGAUCCAGGCGCGUCGCCACACCGUCUCCGGACGUCGGCCCCAGGACCUGGCCAAGCGGGCAGCAGCCGCCGCCAACGAUGCCAAUCACGGACAGGCCACAUCCACGUCGAGGCCCAUGUACAGGGACGACAUCUUCUUCUCCGGCUCGCUCACCCGGAUCCCCCAGUACCAGUCGCAGACGUCGCUGGCCUACCACAUGUCCGUCACGCGGCUGCCCACCAAGCAGGACAUGCUGCAGGAUCGGCAGAAGGGCUGCCGCAUCUGCCCGGAGGCGGUGCGUCGCACCCUGGCCACCAUGCUGGACACCAGCAUGCUCAAGUCCGCAUCCUUCAUGUGCCUGGCCGUCAGUGGCUUCCUGACCAUGAUGGGCUUCUUUGUGCCCUUCAGCUUCGUGAAGGACCGUGCUGUGGCCGCGGGAAUGACCGACGAUCAGGGCACCGCUAUACUUGCGGCCAUUGGCCUGGUCAACACCAUCGCUAGGAUCGUGUGCGGCUCCCUCAGCUCCUUCCCCGCCGUCAAGCCACUCUGGCUGAACAACUUUGCCCUCACCGCUGGCGGCAUUGCCACGAUCUUCAGUGGCGUCAUCGUCAGCGUCACCAGCCAGUGGAUCUUUGCCAUAUUCUUCGGCAUUUGCAUUGCCUGCUUCUCGGCGCUGCGAUCGCUGAUUGCCGUGGAACUGAUUGGACUCGAAAAGCUGACUAAUGCCUACGGAUUUCUCAUGCUCUUCCAGGGCCUGGCCGCCACCUUUGGCACCCCCAUUGCAGGCGCCCUGUACGAUGCCACCCAAAGCUACGACUUGGUAUUCUACUUUGCCGGUGGGCUCAUCGUGCUGUCCGCCUUCCUCUGCUACCCGCUCACCUGCGUGGCCAGGUGGGAGCAGGGGCGCAACGAGAAGAUCACACCCCUGCCGGCAGCAUAGACAGCAUUAACCGCCAGACAACGAGACGUCCAACGACGUCACAACUACCGUCUUCUGAUACGAGCACGGGUCGUGCGCGCGCUCCACUUAAGGUUUUUGGAUGGGUGCUGCUGCUGCUGCUGCUGCUACUGGUGCUCGAAUCCAACAGUAAUUGCCAAUCACUCGAUGUUAAGAUUGAUGUCCAUGUCCAUGUCGAUCGAUAUGGGAGAUUGCCGAGGCAUUGAGCAGCUGGCAGGGAGCAGGGAGCAGGCCCUGAAGCGUGGUGUUCCGCAAGUACUUUAUACGUUAAGAUUAGACUAAGUGUAAUGUUCGUGCCUUCAGCCUAAUCGAGUGCCUCCAUACACAGAUACAAACAGAGAUACAGAUACAGCGUGGUGUAAAUUACGUUUCUAUAAGCUUUAGUAGACAGACAGACAGACAGGCCGACAGGCCGACAGACGAUCUGCGGAGAGUGGAGUGAACUAGAAUUUAAUAGCUAUGCAUAAGCGAGAUAAAGUGAAGUGAAGUGAAGUGAAGAGUAGAGGGAGGAGAACCUAAAACAUUAUUAAUAUUAUUAUGAUAGCUGUAAGCAGCUGUGCACAUGGCUAUGGCUGGGCCACAAGUCGACUGCCAAGUUAAGAAUCGUUUGUUGAGUUUAUUUAACAUGAUAUGAUGAUACUAUGCUGAUGGGGAAUGAUGAUGGGAGUCUUGAAGCUAGUUACAAACGAAAGCAUUUGUUUAUUUUAUAGAGGAGAUACUGCCCUGCACCACUGGGCACACUGGGCAGGUGGUAUCUGCUGUUGUUUCCUACGAGUAGAUAGAUAUACAUUUAUCAAUCAAUCAAAGACACAGGGCCCACUCGAGCGACCGCUCGUGGGGUGAAUGCACUUCGCCCGCAUGCAGCAAUGCCGCUGCAUUGCAUUCGUUGGCUUAGCCGAUUGUGGACAAGGCAAAUAAACAAAUGAACGAACGAUGAGGCGGCAUCUAACUGGAACAAGUGUGCCCUUCUGGCCGUUUGUGCUCCCAAACAAAUAGACUUAUGUAUAUACUACCUGCAGACAGAUAUACGGAAACAGAUACAGACACGAAACCCCGCUACAUACUCAAGCACGUGUUUACGUCUAUCAAUUAAAAAUUACAAUUACAAUCUUAUUAUUUGUAUUACAUUUAAAUGAAUGAUAAUGAUAUAUGAGAAAUACCGAGAUGCGAGAACACACAAUAAAAACGAUUCGAGUUAUACAA